AUGUCGACCGAUGAGACUUUAACUGAUUCGCAACUUCAACUGGUUCCCGCUUAUGGCUCUUCUUCAGACGGUGAAUCAUCUGGUCCGGCUUCGUACGCUGAUCUUGUCCGAAACCCUGUACUUUUCUGGAUCAAGCUCGGUGCUUUUCUCGAAGUCCUUGGGAAAACUCUCGUGUAUCCUACUGUGUGUGGAGAGAGUCUGGAUCUGUAUCAGCUUUUCGUCCAAGUCACAGCUCGAGGUGGUCUUGAAAAGGUGAUGGAGAAUCGUAAGGCCAAAGAAGUGAUUGGAACAUUUAACUUCAAGAAACCAACGACCAACGCAGCAUAUAUUGUAAGGAGGAACUAUCUGAGUAUGCUCUUUGAAUUCGAGCAUGUGUAUUACCACAAAAAACCACUUUCUUCAUUCUGGGAUAGAGUCUUGAAAUUUUGCAUUGUGAAACUUGCAGGCUCUCAAGUCCUGCCUCUUGGCUCCAAGAUUAAAGGGGUCAUUGAUGGGAAGUUCGAUAAGGGCUAUUUUGUGACCAUGAAGAUGGGAUCACAGGUGCUCACAGGAGUGAUUUACCACUCUUUUCCUCCCGAAACUCCUCCAAGGCCCAAGAAGAAAGCGAAACUGUCUCAUGUGGAUUCAUUGCGCCCAAAGUCCCACAGGUGCGGUUAUAACUUCUUCUUUUCCGAGGAGUACCAUAGGCUUAAGGCUGCGUACGCUGGGCAAGAACGCUCCCUCAUCAAGGAGAUCGGGAACAAGUGGAGGAACCUCUCUCUAGCUGAUAGAGAGGUUUAUCAAGUAAAAGGUGCUAAAGAUUUGGAGAGGUAUAAGAGUGAUAUGGCUGCUUACAAAUCCUUCGCUGCUUCUUAUGAGGCGGGAAGUGUUAAUGCUGCGAGUGAUGAUGCUGUGGCUGAGGCGGAUGAUCUCUAG